AUGACUUUCUCAAAACAACUCUUCCUUUUCUUCUUCUCCCUCUUCCCUCUCCUACACGCUUCGCACCCACAAGAAUGCUCUUCUUCCUCAUGUGGUGGUCGCGAGGAUACCCAUGUCCGUUUCCCUUUCUGGCUACUCCCGAAGCAGCCUGAGUCCUGUGGCCACGCAGGAUUCGAUCUCCACUGCACACUUAAUCACGAGACGGCUCUCGAGCUUCCUAAUUCCGGAGCAUAUCUCGUCCGGGAGAUCGACUAUACGAGCCAACAUAUUCGUCUCUAUGACCCUGAGGAUUGCUUGGCAGGAAAGCUUCUGACCUUUGACGUUUCGGGAUCUCCUUUCUCUGCUCUUUACCUUGUCAAAUACACGUUCUUGAGCUGUCCUUAUGAGGUUGCUAAGUCGUCGGGGUUUGACUCCAUCCCAUGUCUAGGAAACUCUACGUCCUCGUUCUUGGCUACAACCAGUUUCGAUCUCGCGAAAUCUAUGCUGCCUUCUUGUCAGAUCGUCAAGACAGUAGCUAUUCCGGUUUCUCGACCGGUUGUCUCCAAGAAAUCAAUAUUUUCGACUGAUGUCAACGAUCAAGACCUCUGGCUGAAAUGGGACUCUCCAAGUUGCAGCGACUGUGAGAGGGAUCAUUUAAGAUGUGGAUUCAUAAGCAAUGCUUCUCUUGAAGUCAAAUGCUUCCCUUUUGAAAGAUCCGGCCAUAACAACACGGGAUUACAAGUGCUUAAAAUUGUAAGCCUGGCCAUAUUCGGACCGGUCAUAAUCUUUGCUACUUGCAUUGCUAUCGGAGUUUUCACCUCCGAUAGAUUCACUUCCGGGAGACGACGAAACGUGGCUAUCGCGGCAGCUCAGCCAAACGAGGUUCAAGUCACGACUGGUCUUGACGAAUCAACAAUAGAAUCAUAUAAGAAAAUGGAGUUAGGAGAGAGUAGAAGAUUACCGGGAACUAAUGAUGAUAUCGUUUGUCCCAUUUGUUUAUCGGAGUAUGCCAGCAAAGAGACCGUCCGGUGCAUACCGGAAUGUGAUCAUUGCUUCCACAUUGGUUGUAUAGAUGCGUGGCUUAAGAUUCAUGGUUCUUGUCCUCUCUGUCGAAAUUCACCAUCUCCAGCGCGUGAAGCUGUCUGA